UACGGUGAUUCUGCCAAUAUCCCGACAUACUUUGAGAAAGUGUGCGGUACCGUGUCUGGGCCUGCUGAACGUUGGUCGGAAAUCUCAAGAUAAUUUUUAUCUUGUGUGGCGUGCAAUGGCGGGGAUUUUAUUUGAGGAUAUAUUUGAUGUGAAAGAUAUUGACCCAGAAGGUGUAAAGUUUGAUAGAGUUUCUCGCCUACAUUGUGAAAGUGAAUCCUUUAAAAUGGACCUGAUACUUGAUGUAAACAUUCAGAUUUACCCUGUUGAACUUGGUGAUAAAUUUCGUCUAGUAAUAGCAAGUACUUUGUAUGAAGAUGGAACACCAGAUGAUGGAGAAUACAACCCUACGGAUGACCGGCCAUCUAGAGCAGAUCAAUUUGAAUAUGUCAUGUAUGGAAAAGUUUAUAGAAUAGAAGGAGAUGAAAGCUCAACUGAAGCAGCCACAAGAUUGUCAGCCUAUGUCUCCUAUGGAGGUCUACUUAUGAGGCUUCAAGGAGAUGCAAAUAAUUUGCAUGGCUUUGAGGUGGAUUCCAGAGUGUAUCUGCUAAUGAAGAAACUUGCAUUCUGAGAUGGAAGAACAGGAAUGUGGAAAUCUUACAUGUGCUUAAGUUAUCAAUGAAAUCAAAUUUGUUUGUUGAUAUUAGUCAACAAAUGAUUUCUCACACCGAAUUUGUAAAUGUCCUACAUUUUAUGUUCUCCCUGUUUCAAAGGAGAUGAUGUAGGAAAGUAAUUAUUUAAAAUUAAUGACUGGCUUACAUUUUUCAAAAAAAUUAAGUGGCCAUAUCAUGAAAAGGAACUAUACAUUUUUUUGAUGUUUGUAAAAUUGAGUUCUUUGAACAGAAUCCAAAUAAAAAUGUUUGUUUCAAAAAUAACAUUACAUGCCAUUUACUGCUAUGACACUGAGAUCUGAGAUAACUGAUAAUGACACUCUUUAAUUAAAGUCCAAAUUUACAAGCACAAAAAAACCCAAAAAGUAACCAAAAGGACUAAUGGAAUUGAAAAGUAAUGAUACUUCAGUUCUAAGUGCCCUUUAUCAUUCCCCAUCUGGAACACUGCAUUUAGUUUGGGCAUUGAAUCUUGGGAAAGAUGCACACUUGUAAGUUGGCAUAUCAGGAUGAUGAUCACAAGGGUUUAAAGAACAAACAUUUAUUUAUAGAAGUUUUAGACUUAAGAACACCAAGUGCUUUACCUCUAAGUGCUUCUGAACUAUAACCACUGUUACCAUUUCUGGUAAUUAAAAAAUCUAGAGCAUCCAAUUUGCUACUAUGAGAUACAACCCAGAAUAAUGACAUGUUAGUUGGGUUUUAAAUAUUGCCCAAAAUAAAAAAAAAAUUGAGGCUGUGUUACACUACUAUGAUAUUUAAAAGAUUGACCAAAUUGCUAAAUGGGAUCAUUAAAAUAAUGAAUUUGAUAUGCUGAAUCCAGAAUGUGAAAUACUGGUGUAAGAUCAGAAAACAUGCCACAUAUAAAAUAAUGUACCACUAAUUCUUGAUGUUUGGUCAACUAAAAGUUCAAAAAAUAGAAGUUUGAUUUUUGUAAAGCAAGCAUACUAAGGGAUGUGAAGCAAAGAUGGGUAACAAGCACAUAUCUGUCAUCUAACUAAAUAAUGGAACAUGCCUGUUUCUGUGAAGACAUGGUUCAAUCCCAUGAGGUGUCAGUGUUUAUAAAGAGACAUGAAGUGUUUGUUCUUUUACCUCCCUUAACUCAAAUUGAAAUUCAUCUUGCUAUCUAAUAGAGACAUAAUUCUUGUUCAGGUAUUACAUCAUGCUACUAAAUAAAGUUUUUAUAUUUACCCAAAAAUGGCUUGUUUCA